GACUCUAAUCGUACAUAAAGCAAAAAUCCGAAACGAAAUUAUAAUCAGACAUAAUUUGAACGGUUCUCGGCAAUCAACGGCAAUCAGUUGCAUUUAAACGUUCGCGGCGAAAUGAACAUCUGGAAGGGCAAAGUUUUAACCGAUGUACCGUUCGGGCAUGUUUUGGUCUUCAGUGGCAUUGUGAAACCAAAUCCAAACAAAAUCUCAUUGGAUUUAACCGAUAACAUCAAUGUCAAAAAUGAAAGCGAAACGGUUUAUUUAAAACUCGAAGCGAAUUUUCGAGAAAAUCAAAUAAUACGUUCCAUGUUUCAACCUGGCGAAGGCUGGCAACAGGAAGAAAUAUCGAAAAAUUGGAAAUGUGAAGGACCCAAGAAUCCAUUGGUGCCAGGUCAAACAUUUACAUUUCGCAUCGCUGUCCUGCAGAAAUGUUUCGAAAUUUAUGUAAACGACAAUAUCUAUGGGACAUUUGAAUUUGUUAAGUUUCCAAAACAAAUUCAAUAUGUCAUGAUCUAUGGCGACUUUGAGAAGAUAACGCAGUUCCAUCAUCGCAUGUUAUUCCCGCUGGUCUUUCCCAAAGGUUUGAUUUGUACCGAAAAGUUGGCAUUUCAAAGUGAUGUGCCGCGGAAAUAUGAAGCUGGAACUGUGGUUGCCAUGGAGUGCAUUGCCAAAGGACCACCAACCACCGAGUUUUCCAUAUGUUUCCAGUGCAAUGACACUGGUCGAGUGAUAUUGAAGUUCCAUGUGAAUUUCAACACGACCACGGUGGUACGCAGUUAUCAGAGAGAUGAUUGCAGCUAUUCUACGGACGAUGAAGAGACUGAGGGCGAAUUUCCCUUCCAACGUGGCAAAUUAUUUAAAAUUGCCUUUGGCAUCGGCGACAAAGCAUUUAUCAUAGCUGUAAAUGGACAGUACUUUACCUACUACAACUAUCCGGUGCGGUGUUUCUCAAUUUCCACCUUGAAAUGCCUAACUAAUCAGGUGGGAGAUUUCCAAGUGCGCAGCAUUGAAUAUCAUUCGGAUUCACCGCUAUUGGCUCGUGUCGAAAAGCUGUCUUUGAUUUAGAAGUAUUGUACACGAAAUAUAAAAUUGCAUUUUUAAGUUAUUGGAAAGAACAAUCUAUGUAUUUACAUAUGUAUCUGUUAAUCUUGACUUCUUAGUAGUAGUGAACUUGUUGAGAGGAAAUAGUAAUAAAACAUUGUUAUUGUGGCUAUAAAUCAUCACUUUUCUUUUGGCUUAACAUUGAUUUAG